AGUGGCAGAGCAACACUGUCGUAGACCUGCUUGCCUUCUCGCGAGGAGACUGUAGUCGAUGUAUUGUAUAUAAGUCCCGGUCGGUUUCUGUGUCCGUUCAAGAUGAAGUCCGGCUUCCUUUUCUGGUAUGAGUCCUGUUCAUUAGGUAUCUGUCUUUUGCUACGUUCUGCUACAAUCUUCGAGUGUACCGACUUGGUCUUCCUCUCUUCGAUUACGAUUCCGAUUUCUAUCGGCACCAAUGACUAUUGGCUGGACGAGAUAUUAUUGAUUUAGAGAGCUACGAUGCGCUGGUCAACAUUUCUGCCUGUUGGGGUUCUCGUGGCCCAAGGACGUGCAAUCCCAAUGCUAGUUCCUCCAUCCCGGGAGUUGUACCCUAACAACAACAACGGGCCUGACAAUCACUAUCCCAACCAGGACACCUCGUCCUCGUCAUCUUCAUCGUACCUCCUUCACCGAGCAGUGCCCACCGGCCAGGUAAUCACCCACUGCACAACUCCCGGCAUCGUCGCCCUCACCUUUGACGACGGGCCCUACAUCUACACCAGCCAGCUCCUCGACACGCUAGCCUCCUACUCGCCCCCCAUCCGCGCCACCUUCUUUGUCAACGGCGCCAACUGGGUCUCAGGCAUCGACGACGAAUCUACCCCUUACCCAUCCAUCCUCCGUCGCAUGCUCAGCGAGGGGCACCAGAUCGCUUCGCACACUUGGUCCCACUUGGACUUGACCACGGCCACAACAGCGCAGCGCGUCGAGCAAGUCACGAAACUCGAGGAUGUGCUGCAAAGAGUGGUGGGCAUCAAGCCGAGAUACAUCCGUCCGCCGUAUGCGACUUGCGAAAAUGGAUGUUUGGAGGAUCUCGAGGGGAUGGGGUUGCAUGUUGUCAACUUUGAUGUGGAUACCAAGGAUUACGAGAAUGAUAGUCAGGCGGGGAUUCAGGUGUCAGUGGACAAGUUCAAUAACGAGCUGGGAAGUAAUCCGCAGACGGACUCGGCGAUUGUCUUGAGUCAUGAUGUGCAUCGGUGGACGGUGGAGAGGUUGGUGGGGGAGAUGGUGGCCACCCUAAGAGCGAGGGGGUUUGGGACGGGCACCGUGGGCGAGUGCUUGGGAGAUCCCCAGAGUGGGUGGUAUGCUUAGAUGGCAUGGUUGGGUUGGAUGUUUCUGCAGGUGGGAUCUAGGGAGUAGGGAUUGUAUUGAUGGUUCAUGCUUGUGUACGUAGGUAGGUAGCCUGGGCUUUGGGGAGGUCGUGGUUUUGUGGAUACCCCCUUUACUUUCGAUAUUUGGAUUUUGUCUAUCUUGCUUGCUUCGAAGGCCUGGAUCUUGGUUUGAUAGGGGAAGGGUCGCUGGAGGUGUAUAUAGGCAUUUGGCGAAUUCUUGACGGGUUGAAAGCACCGUUGUGUUGGUAACGAACAAGGAACACCUGUCUAUCAAAUUUAAGGUACCCGUACUGCCGUUCUCGGGCCGUCCCACCAGUUCGUUUCCAAUAACAGG